GCGAGGUCGCGGGGUGCGCGGUGAGCGCCGGCCGCCGUCGCUCCGCCCGGCCGGUCGCGCCUCAGGUCCGCCCGCCCGCGCGCGCCCCGCGGGCCCAUGGCGGCGACAGGUGCGGGCGCGCGGCGGCUUGCCGGGCUGCCGCGGGCCGGGCGCGCCCCUCGCUAACGCGCGCGUAACUUUUCCUCGCCGCGGCCCCCCCGCGGCCUCCGCGCCACGCCCCCCGGGCCGCCGCCCCGCCGAGGUGCCGUCUGCCGGCCGCCGCGGGAGCUUUGGAGCGCCGGGUGGCGCGGCUCCACCAUGGCUCUGACCCUGUUCGAUACAGAUGAAUAUAGACCUCCUGUUUGGAAAUCUUACUUAUACCAACUGCAGCAGGAAGCCCCUCACCCGCGAAGGAUCACCUGCACUUGUGAGGUAGAAAACAGACCAAAGUAUUACGGAAGAGAGUAUCAUGGCAUGAUCUCUAGAGAAGAGACGGACCAGCUCCUCAGUGUGGCUGAGGGGAGCUACCUCAUCCGUGAGAGCCAGCGGCAGCCGGGAACAUACACUUUGGCUUUAAGAUUUGGAAGUCAGACCAGAAACUUCAGGCUGUACUACGAUGGAAAGCACUUUGUUGGGGAGAAACGCUUUGAGUCCAUCCACGAUCUGGUGACUGAUGGCUUGAUUACUCUCUAUAUUGAAACCAAGGCAGCAGAAUACAUUGCCAAGAUGACGAUAAACCCAAUUUAUGAGCACAUAGGAUACACAACCUUAAACAGAGAGCCAGCAUACAAACAGCACAUGGCAGUCCUGAAAGAGACACAUGAUGAGAAAGAGGCUACAGGCCAGGAUGGGGUGUCAGAGAAAAGGUUGACAUCACUUGUUAGAAGAGCAACUCUGAAAGAAAAUGAACAAAUUCCAAAAUAUGAAAAGGUUCACAAUUUCAAGGUGCACACGUUCCGAGGGCCACACUGGUGUGAAUACUGUGCCAACUUCAUGUGGGGCCUCAUCGCUCAGGGAGUGAAAUGUGCAGAUUGUGGAUUGAAUGUUCACAAGCAAUGUUCCAAGAUGGUCCCCAAUGACUGUAAGCCAGACCUGAAGCACGUGAAGAAGGUGUACAGCUGCGACCUGACAACGCUCGUGAAAGCUCACAUUACCAAGCGGCCAAUGGUUGUAGACAUGUGCAUCAGGGAGAUCGAGUCCAGAGGUCUUAAUUCUGAAGGACUUUACCGAGUGUCAGGAUUUAGUGAUCUAAUUGAAGAUGUCAAGAUGGCUUUUGAUAGAGACGGUGAGAAGGCGGAUAUUUCUGUGAACGUUUAUGAGGACAUCAACAUUAUCACUGGCGCACUUAAACUGUACUUCAGGGAUCUGCCGAUUCCUCUCAUCACGUACGACGCCUACCCCAAGUUCAUAGAGUCUGCCAAAAUUAUGGACCCUGAUGAACAAUUGGAGACCCUUCACGAAGCACUGAGAUCGCUGCCACCUGCCCACUGCGAGACACUCCGGUACCUCAUGGCACAUCUCAAGAGAGUGACCCUUCACGAGAAGGAAAAUCUGAUGAGUGCAGAGAACCUUGGAAUUGUGUUUGGUCCAACCCUCAUGAGAUCACCAGAGCUAGACCCCAUGGCCGCCCUGAACGACAUACGCUAUCAGAGACUGGUGGUAGAGCUGCUUAUCAAAAACGAAGACAUUUUAUUUUAGAGUUUUGAUUUGAGGAGAAAAGAAAUGGUUUACAGAUGAAGGAAUGUUUUCUAGUAAUUUAAUUAGCUUCAUUAGCUGAAUUGUUUCUUGCUUAGAGGUUUGGCCAAAUACCCAGAUUAAAAUGAAGGAACUUCCUGUCAUUUCUAUAGCUCAGCCGUCCUUGUAAAACAGUGAACACACACUUUCUGGUCCUGGUAAUCCUGGGUGUUUAUCAUGUUAAGAGACACUCAAGCUACUGCAUGAUUACCCCUUUUUGGUGAGGAAACCCCAUAUCGAGGAAUCACAGACUUGUGCCUGCACCUCCUCUCUGCCUGGGUUGUCUGUGGUUGUCACCCAGCAUGCUUCCCAGACUAAACUGUCAUGACUUUGCUUUUGGGGUCCAUGCCAUUGGUUUCUGAUGCUUGCACACACGCGCAUACAUAUAAGCAGCGCCCUGGCUGUUGCAUCACCGUCCCUGUCGCAUCCGCCAACUCCACAACGGUUCCUCUCCAGCUUCUUCCUCCUCCUCUGACAUAGUGCUUUGUCUUCAGCAGAAUCAGGAUGUGCUUUCAGAUAUGUUACUUCAGUGAGCUCUCAAUAAAAACGCACCACACAGCAUUUUCUGUUAAAUUAUUGGUUUUCAACUGUAAAUUUAUAUUUUUACCUGGCAUGCAGUUAUUAAUUUAUUAAAUUUGGCUUUUAGAAACCAAAAUACUUACAGCUUUUUUUCUUGCUGUGGGAAGAGUAGCUAGAAAACUAUGUUUGGCAUUUACUUAACAUCGAUUACUUCCCUGUCCCUGCCUGUCAUUAAAAUACUGUGGUAAUCUCCUAAAAUAACUUAAGCUGCCUAGAAUUGACAUUCAGUCAUUCGGUUUAUUUUUUUUCUCCUAUUGCUCUGGGAGAAAUCUGUAAUGUUUUCUCCACUUUGGGAUCCGUUUUCCUCUGGCUCCAUGUGAGGACUGCUAACUGGAUGGGCAGCUCUGAACACCUGCCAGGCUAGUCAGGAACAGCCAGGGUCAUGUGUGGGAUUCCGUAACACUGCUGAGAGGCGUUACAGGCAGCUUGUCAGGCAGAGAGCAGGUCUGCACUGGAUGACCUGUAGAGCCUGAGAUCUGUGUGUGUUGGAGACUGCCACCUGUCAGCCAUGUGACUUUGAGCAGAAGACCAUCUUGUCCUUUCUCUGGGUCUGUUAGAUGAGCACACACCUAGAUCUGAAGUUCCAUCCUGCUUUAAACAAUAAAACAAAGCUUGUGUGGUUUUAGAUUUCCAGUAAUAAAAGUGCAAUAAUCCCAGCACUUGGGAGGAAGAAUCAGGAAGAUCAAGUUCAGAGCCAGCCUACUCUGUCUCAAGCACUCAGUAGAACAGCUGAGUACCGUAGUGCGCUAUGGUCCUAACUACUGAAGAGGGAAGAGCACUUGAAUCCAAGGGUUCAAGAACAAGCCAGGCAACUUGAGGAAAGUGGCUCAAAAUAAAAGGUGAAGAUGAAAUACAUUUCUGAGCUCUAAAGUCUGCCUCAAAACAGUGGGAACUGAUGGAAAUGCAUAAAUGUCUAAUCUGCUUUCUAGGCUGCACUGGGCAGCUGGUCAGUGGUGAGUUUGCUUUCUCACUGUUUACAUUGAAGGAAAGUAUUGAUAUUCAGAGAUAUUCUGUCUAGCUGUCUUAACCAAUGUCCUGUGAAAAGUUUCACCACACUUAAGUAUCAAACAGAACACACAGAUUAAGUACAGCGCUUUGGUUUAAUAAAUCAUCUUCAAAAGUAGAAAAAAAAUCACAGGGCGGGAGUCAGCUCAAUAGUAGAGUGCUCACCUUAUAUGUGCAGAGGAUUUAAACAACUACACUGGAAAAAAUGUUAAGCCAAAUUACAGCCAUGAAGCGUAUCCACAUUUAAGCACACAACUUAUAGAUCAGGGCCUGUUGUUGUUAUCAUUAUUAACAUUACUACUACUACUACUACUACUACUACUACUACUACUACUACUACUAAAAGGAGGAGGAGAAAGGACAGAAGAAAGAAAGAGAAAGAAAGAAAAAGAGAAGGAAGGAAGGAAGGAAGAAAGAAAAUGUUACACUGAGCCGGCAGUGAUGGCGCACGCCUUUAAUCCCAGCACUCGGUGGAUUUCUGAGUUCAAGGCCAGCCUAGUCUACUGAGUGAGCUCCAGGACAGCCAG